AGCUGUGUGUCCUGAACCAUCCAGCAAUUUGUGCUUUUAAAGUCCACUCAAUAAGAUGUUUCUGCCUCUGAUCUUCGUCCAGCUGCUCGUGACUCCGGUCUUCAUGGUGCCUGGCGUGGAUUACUGGGACUCCUGGGCGUCGUACGGUGAAUGCAGCCGCAGCUGUGGCACCGGUGUGACCGUGAGGAGCCGACGCUGCAUCACUCAGAGGACGGAUGGAGGACACAACUGUGUGGGUCCAGAUAAAUCCUACCGCUCCUGCAACAUCCAGGAUUGUCCGGAAGGAUCCAAAGAUUUCCGGGAAGAACAGUGUUCCCAGUUCGAUGGGGCCGACUUCCAGGGGAAGCGUUACAAGUGGCUCCCGUAUUAUGGAGCUGAAAACCCCUGUGAGCUGAACUGCAUGCCCAGAGGUGAAAACUUUUACUACCGCCAUCGAAGCACCGUUGCCGACGGCACGCCCUGCCACCCCGGACGGAGGGACAUCUGCGUGGACGGAGUCUGCAAGCGUCUGGGCUGUGACUACAUGCUGGAGUCUCCUCAGCAGGAGGACGCCUGCUUGCAGUGUGGGGGGAACGGCCUGUCCUGUUACCUCGUUAAGAACAGCUUCACCGUGAGCGACCUGCCAACAGGCUACAACCAAAUGUUCAUCAUCCCCGUUGGAGCUACGAGCAUCAGCAUCAAAGAGACCGAGGCCACACGUAACUACAUUGCCAUCAAGAACCUGCGUGGAGAAUACUACCUGAACGGCCACUGGGUCAUUGAGUUUUCCAGAGCGGCACCCAUUGGAGGCACCGUGCUCUACUACCAACGAGGGGCUGAAGGCGACAACGUCCCCGAAACAAUCGUUGGCCGCGGUCCCACCACUGAACCGCUUGUUGUUGAGCUUAUCAGCCAAGAACCGAACAAGGGGGUGGAAUACGAGUAUUACCUGCCAAAUGGACGGUCCAGAGAGGGAUACUACUGGAGCUACGGAUCUUGGUCUACUUGCAGCAAAGAAUGUGGAUCAGGUUACCAGACCCGCGUCAUCUUCUGCACCAUAGACAACGAGUCCUAUCCAGACUACCUCUGUGCUUCUCUGCCAAGACCACAGUCCAACCGCACCUGCAACCCCCACCCCUGCCCCCAGAUUCACAGCUGGAGGACAGGGGAGUGGAAGCCGUGCUCAGCCACCUGUGGUGGAGGCUCUCAGGUGCGAACGGUGCAGUGCAUUUCCCAUGAUGCCUCUGGUCCCCGUGUGGUGGAGGAUGCGGUGUGUGCUCCCUCUGCUGCAGCUCCUCCGUCUCUGCGGAGCUGCAACGUGCACAGAUGUGCAGAGUAUCGUGUGACUGGAUGGAGCGCGUGCUCAGUGACCUGCGGCUCAGGGGAGCAGACUCGGGAGGUGACCUGUGUGGGAUCAGCUGGUCUGAAGCUCGAGGAAACCUCCUGCAGGACUUUGCUGCGUCCCCCUGCCGUGCAGCCGUGCAAGAUGCCCGCCUGUCUCCAUCAGAUCCAGUGGCUCGUGGGGGUGUGGGGUCUGUGCUCUCAGAGCUGUGGCUCAGGCUCACGAGAGCGCCGGGUGAUCUGCUCAGACCAGGAGAGGAAUCUGUACCCCGUGGACCAAUGUGCCCCCCACCCUAAGCCCCCCACAGUGGAGCGAUGCAACAUCCAGUCCUGUUUCCGCCCCCAGGCUGUCCCCAGCAUCCAGGACCCUCGAGGACACAACGACUCCCAGACCGGCUUUCAGCCAUACGUACCAGAUCAGGAAACAGCCCGCUGGCCAGAGACAAGAUAUCCCACCCAGGUAGAAACAGUCCAGAGUCCUCAGAGUUCUGCCCCUGCCCUCCACUGCAGCCAGUCCCAAUAUGGCUGCUGCCCAGAUGGGCGCACUGCAGCUGGAGGAACCCGAGGUCUGGGCUGCCCACAAGACCCAACUCCUGCUCCACCGUCCUGCAUUCAGACAAGUUAUGGUUGCUGCCAAGAUGGUGUGACGGCGGCUCAGGGCCCCAACAAAGAGGGCUGCAUGGAGUACGAGGCCCCGGCACCCACUGUUGUCCCUCUUCCUACUGAGAACGCUGUUGAGUGCCGCACCACCACCUUUGGGUGCUGCUAUGACCGAAAAACUCCUGCAGGAGGACCCAACGGGGAGGACUGUCCCAACCCACCCAGCCACAUUGAGCGUUCGAUCUGCUCCCUGCCCCGUGCUGCUGGCUCCUGCACUAACUGGGUGCCACGAUACCACUUUGAUGUCAUCACAUCCAAGUGUGCCCACUUCUGGUACGGAGGUUGCCACGGCAACAGCAACAGCUUCAUGACCAGAGGAGAGUGCCAGAGGGCGUGUCCGGCGCCUGCACAGCAGAGGCCACAGCCGACCGCGCCCGUCAGAGAGUCCCCGUCUGCAGCGGUGUCAGCUCCAUCUGCGGGCUCAACCAGCGGGCGCUCACACAACAUGGGGAGGGUGUUCAUCGUGCAGGGGGGCUCACACGGCACCUCCAGCAGACAGGCCACCAGUGCCGCCACACACGCCCACAGAGGUCGACUGUCUCUGCGAGUCCGCAGGCCUUCAGUUGCCACAGCUGCUCAGCACCGUGAGCCAGCUGCGAGUUUGACCCUUGGAGGUCUCAGCAUCGAUAAAAGUGAGCCGGACACAGUGGAGGCUUUGGUGGGUCAGACCGUUGUGCUGCCCUGCAGAGUCAGCCCUCCACCUUCAUCCAUCGUCACUGUGGAGUGGAGACGAGACGGACUUCCUCUGUCCAUUCAGAGACAUCACCAGCAGCCCGACGGUUCCCUGUUGGUGGGUCCGGUCCUGACUUCGGACUCUGGCUGGUUCUUGUGCUUGGCCACUCGAGAAGGAGAACGAGAUCACCGUUACAUUUACCUGUCUGUCACAGAACGAGAUCCUCAGCUGGUUCCUUCCUCGCUGCCCAAAGAUGAAACGUUCCCACGGUUCAGCAUCGAGCGCUCAGGCUCAACGAUGAUUGAAAUGCGACCAGGACAAACUGCGUCUCUGUCCUGCACCGUCGUCCCUCCUGCAGCUCUGCAGUAUGUCCGGGUUCAGUGGGUUAAAGAUGGACGACCUCUCAGCAACUCCAGGGUUACCCAGGAUUUAGAUGGCACCCUGAUGAUCGGCCCUCUGCAGUCCGAGGACUCUGGAGUCUACACAUGCACAGCUGCCAGUCAGCAACAGCUGGAGCAGAGACAGCUGAAACUCAAAGUUCAAGAUCUGCGGAUCACCAAAGCUCCUACUAACAUCCAAGUACCAGAAGGCAGCACGGCUCAUCUGCCCUGCGUGGUGUCAGGAGACAACAUCAGCAUAGGCUGGUCCAGGAAUGGUGUUCCAGUGCGUCCGGAUGGGAGUAACAUCCUGGUGUCUUCCGACGGCAGCCUGAUCCUCAACAACAUGAAGUCCUCUGAUGAGGGAAGCUACACCUGCAAUGCUUACACUGGCAUCUAUUCAGUGAGCGCCACAGCUGAAGUCAGAGUCAUUAAAGACACACAACAAGAUGCUGAUGUGCUGCCAGACUGUGUGGACCAGAACCAGCUGGCCAACUGCAGGCUCAUAGUUUACGCCCGCCUCUGCAACCAUCAGUACUACUCCAGUUUCUGCUGUGCCAGCUGUUCCAGGCGUGUCCAGAACCAUGACACGUUUGGUCGGCAUGCAUUUUAA